AUGAAAGCUUUUCUAUCAUUUCUUUUUGUUAUUUCGCUUCAAUUGUGUUGUGGUGUCACGAGAGAUGAUCUCUUCCCGUUCGGUGACCAAAAUGGCGACCAAAAGCUCUUAUCCAAUGCAGACGAUGUCUCGUCACCGGAGAUUCAGCUAUCGGUUCCCAUCGUUAAUGACAACGGAAUCGUUUCAUUCUUGACUGAAGUGCCCUCGUUCUUCAAUUCCCAAUUUCCGCUCUCUUACCCCAUAAUAGCUGCCAUGGAAACAACAACUCCGGAUCUGUUGGAGAGAGCAAAUCGGGAUAUUGUGCGCCACUUCUCAAGAGCCAAGCAUUUCAAAGCUCAGACUCUAUUCAUAGUCACGUGGAGUGAUGUCGGAAGAUAUGAUCAAAAGACAUCUCCAACAAAUACGGCUCAAGUGGUUAUCGCAACGAAUGGCACUGAAAGUUAUGUCUAUUUAUUGUAUCCAACAAAUGCUAUUCAAUGGAUCCAAGGAGAGGGCAAAAUCAGUAAUUUGCCGGACGCUCGCACUCAGGCCGGCUUCAUGUCAGGUGACGGACGGUUUCAUUCACUUCGGGGCUCCGGAACCGAACAGAUUCGCAACUUUGAUAAAAUGUCAAAUGUGUUUCGCCCCGGUGUUUGGUUGUUCUUAGUGGGAAAUCUGGGAAAUGGUAAUGUUGUUGAGCCUGAUAUUGAUGGCAACCAAAGUUUGCAGAAACCAGAAUUAGACACCUGUGCGACCGCACAACUUCCCUGCCCUCCAAACGCCAAUUGCAUAGACUAUGCUAAAGGAUUUUGUUGUCAAUGUUCUGAUGGCUAUUUUGGGAACGGUAGACAAUGUCUCGUCAAUAAGACAACCAGAUUAGGUCUACAUUUAGUCUAUUAG